AUGGGUAACUCUUCUACGGCUCCUGCCGCUGCCCCGACAUCUUCAAAUGAAUCGGCCCCUGGGCCCAAGGCUCCCUGUGAUGCUAAGGUCUCCCCUACUACAGGGAAGAGGAUAUGCUGUGUAUGCAAGGAGACUAAGGCGGCACGUGAUGAGUGCAUAGUCAUGAAUGGUGAAGAUAAAUGCAGACAAUUCAUCCUAGCACACAAUCAGUGUCUGAGGGCUGAAGGCUUUGAGGUGGAAGACAAGUAA